CUGUGGAUGCUGGGAGAUCAAUAACCAAGGAAGACAUUUUGGAUUUAAAACGAGCUCACUUAGUGGUUGACGAAAAUAUGCUCCGUUGGCAACACCAUUUAUCAUUGCGGUCACCAUGAUAUUUAGUUAGAAUGUAUUGUCAAAUGGGUUUGUUAGUUGUGCGCAAUGAAAUGGCGUCGUUGUGAAAAAUUCCACGCUUUUAUCCCAAACCAUAUCGCCGCGCUCGUCUGCGAAUUCUGUUGGGAUAGGUUUCUUGCUGGCUCAGCUGUGUGUAUGUACAUCGAGAAGGCUCCUAUAGUUCCUGGCUGUCCUACGAGGAAAUAACCAAUUUAGCCUCUAAGUCCUAGGUCCACCAGGCAAUGUCAAUAAUGGUGUACCCCAGGGAGGACCGUAUGGAGAAGCUGUCCCAGGAGGAGAUCAUCUCCAGCACCAAGCUGGUGAUCCAGGGCCUGGAGGCGCUGAAGAGCGAGCACAACUCAAUCUUGCACAGCCUGCUGGAGACCAUCCGCUGCCUGAAGAAGGACGAGGAGGCCAACUUGGUGCACGAGAAGUCCAGCCUGCUGCGCAAGUCAGUGGAGAUGAUCGAGCUGGGGCUGGGCGAGGCGCAGGUGAUGAUGGCCCUGUCUGCCCACCUGAACGCUGUGGAGUCGGAGAAGCAGAAGCUGCGUGCCCAGGUACGUCGGCUGUGCCAAGAGAACCAGUGGCUGCGAGACGAGCUGGCGGGCACCCAGCAAAAGCUGCAGAAGAGCGAGCAGAGUGUGGCCCAGCUAGAGGAGGAGAAGAAGCACCUGGAGUUCAUGAACCAGCUCAAGAAGUACGACGAGGAUGUGUCCCCUACUGAGGAGAAAGAUGGYGAGCCUCCUAAAGAUACACUGGACGACCUCUUCCCCAAUGAUGAAGAGGACAACAGUCAAGGAAUGCCYCACCAGCAUAACAGUGCAGCGGUGGCCGCAGCCCAGCAGGGUGGCUAUGAGAUCCCUGCCCGCCUGAGGACCCUACACAACCUGGUGAUCCAGUACGCCUCCCAGGGCCGCUACGAGGUGGCCGUGCCCCUCUGCAAACAGGCUCUGGAGGACCUGGAGAAGACAUCCGGACACGACCACCCUGACGUGGCCACCAUGCUCAACAUCCUGGCCCUGGUCUACAGGGACCAGAACAAAUACAAGGAGGCGGCUCACCUGCUCAAUGAUGCACUGUCUAUCCGGGAGAAAACCCUUGGGAAAGACCACCCUGCGGUGGCUGCGACACUGAACAAUCUGGCAGUGUUGUAUGGCAAGAGGGGGAAGUACAAGGAAGCUGAGCCCCUUUGCAAGAGGGCUCUGGAGAUCAGAGAGAAGGUGCUGGGCAAGGACCAUCCUGAUGUGGCCAAGCAGCUGAACAACCUGGCCCUGCUGUGCCAGAAUCAGGGCAAGUACGAAGAGGUGGAGUACUACUACUGCCGUGCCCUGGAGAUCUACGAGCGCAAGCUGGGCCCUGACGACCCCAACGUGGCCAAGACCAAGAACAACCUGGCUUCGUGUUACUUGAAGCAGGGGAAGUACAAGGAGGCGGAAGUCCUUUACAAAGAGAUUCUCACCCAAGCUCACGAGAAGGAAUUUGGAUCCGUGGAUGCUGAGAACAAGCCCAUCUGGAUGCAUGCCGAGGAGCGGGAGGAGUGCAAGAGCAAAGACGGCUAUGGAGAUUAUGGCGGCUGGUAUAAAAAUUGCAAGGUGAACAGCCCCACUGUCAACACCACCCUGCGUAACCUGGGAGCUCUGUACCGCCGGCAAGGCAAGAUAGAGGCCGCUGAGACCCUGGAGGAGUGUGCCUUGAGGUCCCGAAAACAGGGUGUGGUGGAGCUGCAGAGAGACGGAGACAGGAGGAGGAGCAGGGAGAGUCUGAGCAGCGUAAAAUAUGAGAGCGCCUCCGAAGCGGGGGAGGACGGCAGCGUGGACUGGAACGGGGAUGGCAGUGGGAGCCUGAGGAGAGCAGGAUCGAUGGGGAGGCUCCGGGACGUCUUACGGCGAAGCAGCGAGAUGCUGGUGAAGAAACUACAGGGGAACGGUCCCCCCGACCCACGCAACCCCCA